AGGGGCGCCGAUUUCGAUCGCGUGUACAGCGGGGUGGUGAGCCUCAGCACCGAGAGCAUCUACUCCUUCAACUACACCAGCCAGCCCGGCCAGGUGACUGCUGUGCGAGUGUAUGUGAACAGUUCCUCUGAGAACCUUGACUAUCCAGUCCUCGUUGUGGUUCGUCAACAGAAAGAGGUGCUGUCUUGGCAGGUUCCUCUGCUCUUCCAAGGGUUACACCAAAGGAGCUACAGCUACCAGGAAGUCAGCCGCACUUUAUGUCCUUCAAAAGCAACCAAUGAAACAGGACCCCUGAAGCAACUGAUAUUUGUAGAUGUGGCAUCCAUGGCACCACUUGGUGCCCACUACAAACUGCUGGUCACCAAGAUCAAGCACUUCCAGCUCCGGACAAAUGUUGCCUUUCAUUUUACUGCCAGCCCCUCUCAACCUCAGUUUUUUCUAUACAAAUUUCCCAAAGAUGUGGACUCAGUCGUCAUUAAAGUGGUGUCUGAAAUGGCUUAUCCAUGCUCCGUUGUCUCAGUCCAGAACAUCAUGUGCCCAGUGUAUGAUCUUGACCACAAUGUGGAAUUUAAUGGUGUCUAUCAGUCCAUGACCAAGAAAGCUGCCAUCACACUGCAGAAGAAGGAUUUUCCUGGAGAGCAGUUCUUCGUGGUGUUUGUGAUAAAACCUGAAGACUAUGCCUGUGGAGGAUCUUUCUUCGUCCAGGAAAAUGAGAAUCAGACCUGGAAUCUGCAACGAGCAAAGAACCUUAAAGUAACCAUCGUUCCUUCCAUUAAAGGAUCUGUUUAUGUGAAAUCCAGUCUUUUCAGUAUCUUUAUCUUCUUGUCCUUCUACGUGGGAUGUCUGCUUGUUGUGUUUGUUCAUUAUGUGAGGUUUCAUAGGAAAUCCAUCGAUGGAAGCUUUGGUUCCAAUGACGGCUCUGGAAAUAUAGCAGUGUCCCAUCCCAUUGCUGCCAGCACACCUGAAGGGAGCAAUUAUGGAGCAAUAGAUGGGUCAACCUCUAACCCUGGAAGGCAGAUGUCCUCCUCUGAUGGUGGGCAGCCGUGCCCGUCAGACACAGACAGCUCCGUGGAGGAGAGUGACUUUGACACCAUGCCAGAUAUUGAGAGUGACAAAAAUGUCAUCCGGACCAAGAUGUUCCUUUACCUGUCAGAUCUGUCCAGGAAAGACCGGAGAAUUGUAAGCAAAAAAUACAAGAUUUAUUUUUGGAAUAUCAUCACAAUUGCUGUGUUUUAUGCACUUCCUGUGAUCCAGCUGGUCAUCACCUACCAGACAGUGGUAAAUGUCACUGGCAACCAGGAUAUCUGUUACUACAACUUCCUUUGUGCUCAUCCCUUGGGUGUCCUAAGUGCCUUCAACAAUAUUCUCAGUAACCUGGGCCAUGUACUUCUGGGCUUCCUCUUCCUGCUAAUAGUCUUGCGCCGGGACAUUCUUCAUCGAAGGGCCCUGGAAGCCAAAGACAUCUUUGCUAUGGAGUACGGGAUUCCCAAACACUUUGGUCUCUUCUAUGCUAUGGGCAUCGCACUGAUGAUGGAAGGGGUGCUCAGUGCUUCUUACCAUGUCUGCCCUAAUUACUCCAAUUUCCAAUUCGACACCUCCUUCAUGUACAUGAUUGCGGGCCUCUGCAUGCUGAAGCUCUAUCAGACCCGUCACCCAGACAUCAACGCCAGCGCCUACGCUGCCUAUGCCUCCUUCGCUGUGGUCAUCAUGCUCACCGUCCUUGGAGUGGUAUUUGGGAAAAAUGACGUGUGGUUCUGGGUCAUCUUCUCCGCCAUCCAUAUUCUGGCCUCUUUGGCCCUCAGCACCCAGAUCUACUACAUGGGUCGUUUCAAGAUAGAUGUGUCUGACACAGAUUUGGGGAUUUUCCGGCGGGCCGCUAUGGUGUUCUACACGGACUGUAUCCAGCAGUGCAGCCGGCCUCUCUACAUGGAUAGAAUGGUAUUGCUGAUUGUGGGGAAUCUGGUAAACUGGUCCUUCGCCUUCUUUGGAUUGAUCUAUCGGCCCAGGGACUUUGCAUCCUACAUGCUGGGCAUCUUCAUCUGCAACCUGCUGCUGUAUCUGGCCUUCUACAUCAUCAUGAAGCUGCGCAGCUCUGAGAAGGUCCUCCUCGUGCCCCUCUUCUGCAUCGUGGCCACUGUGGUGGUGUGGGCUGCCGCCCUUUAUUUUUUCUUCCAGAAUCUCAGCAGCUGGGAGGGAACCCCCGCGGAAUCCAGAGAGAAGAACCGCGAGUGCCUCCUGCUGGAUUUCUUUGAUGACCAUGACAUCUGGCACUUCCUCUCUGCCACUGCGCUAUUCUUCUCAUUCUUGGUUUUAUUAACUUUGGAUGACGACUUGGAUAUGGUUCGGAGAGACCAGAUCCCUGUCUUCUGAGCCUCCAGUGUUAAAGGGGAGAGCAGCCCAUCGUGGUGCUGUUUUGUGAAAAAUGCAGUGCGCUCAGUGACAUACCCACUGCCUCAUGUUCCACUCGCCUUUAGGUUUGUGUUCACAAGAAGGGGAGAAGAUGGGGAGAGCCCAGCCUGCGAGGAAGGUCAGGGCUAUGGAUGGAGGCAAAGCUGGGGGACUGAGAAACAGCCAACCUGCUGGCAACCUUGAAAGUUAACCAAGGACAAAGCUGCAACACAGUCAGCUCCCCACCUGGGACCUUCCCACCCUCACCUGACACUUGUCAGCAUGUGGCUGUUCUCCCCUCCAUCCACCACGCCCACUUGUACUUGCCACCCAAGAAUUCCAGCAUGGCCACAUUCACACCUCUGUUCCACCCACUGCUCUAGAUGACCAAAGGCCAUCUCAUUUCUCUGGGCCCCUAGGAGGACCUGACUCCUCAGAGUAUGGUGCAAAGGUGGACCCAAGCCCCACCCAGCUGGGAUAGACGUCAUGGCAGGUUCCGGACACAUUAGGAGGGCUGAGGACUAGGUGUUAUCAUACGGUCCUCUGAACAGGUAACCAACCCUGAGACCAAGGCCGGGGUGCUUGCCUUUUUCUUAGUGUCUUCAUUUCACCACCGUGUGUUAACCCCAUCUCUCUGCCUCUACCUUCGUGGAAAGGCCCUGUAAUUCCAUGGACCUGCUGGGCUACAAGAUGGGAGGGGAAAUGGGAAUCAUUCUUCUGGUGCAAAAGAUAUAAAAUAAAUGACCGACAGCUCAAGGAGACUAGAAACACCAGCAUCCAGCGGACCAGCCUCACUUUCGGGACUGAGGUUCCUGGAGCAAAUUCAGCAAAGGAACAGCACUUGGCUUCCAGUUUCCACAGCUCAAUUCUGUGCCCACAUCACCUCUGACAGAGAGAUUUGAUCUCUAACCGGGGGGCUACUCUAAGGCCCUCCACAACUGAGCCCUUUCCUGUCUCUUAUGUGGACCAGGGUUCCAGAUUUUCUCCCUGACAUUCUCAGAGGCACCUCAGGAUGAACACAUUUUCCUCUGCCUCUCUUGUUGUAAAGAGCACCGGUAAUUUAGUCUUGUGUCUUCUUGCACCUGAUUCUCCUUCUACCCCAAGUAAGGUUGUGAGAAGCUCGGAGUCCCAUUUGCAGUCUCACACUGUCUGGCACUUCUGUCUCCAAAGAGCCCCACUUUGACAGAGCUCCCUCGCUGCCUGGAGUACGAGGUCAUCAGCAAACAGAUGUUCAAAUGUGUGCAUACAUACAUACUUGCUUGUGAAAUUGAAGUCAUUUCUCACCUCUGCUUCCCUGACCAUUCGUCAGAGAAAUGAAUCAGGCAUUCUUCCUUUAAAAAUUAGUUUUCUCCCAUAUAUUCCCAUCAUGUUCAAAAACAUAUUUUGGAAGUUUGUUCAAAUUGUUCAGUAAGCUUUUCCUGAUUUUAAAAACACAAAGAUGCUAUCUAUGAAAUAUUUUGCGUGCUUUUUCCAAAAUGCCCCAUUUAUAAAUAGGUCUUCUAUUAUUUAUUCCUGAGUAACUGUUGGCUUCCUUGAUGGUGCACACCUAUAAUACCAGCACUCUAAUCCUCCUAGCACAGAAGAAUUUCUUUGAGCUCAAUUUUGGCCUGGGCUCACAGUGAGUUCAAAGCCAGUCUGGACUACACAGUAAAACCAAAAUAAAGUAAUAUAAAAUAAAAAUUGUUGGUUUCCAUAGGCCACAUGAAGGCCGCCAUUAAAUGUUUGUGUUAAUUUAACACCUAAAGGCAUUUUCAAAACUGUUUGUCACUUACUUGACCCAAUUCUUUUAAGGCACUCAUGGUUUCUAAUCUAAAAGGGCCCACUAGCUGGGCGUGGUAGUGCACGCCUAUAAUUUUAGCAGUUGGGAGGCUGAGACA